GAAUGAAGUCUCCAACCAAUUAGUCUCACUGCUAGAUUUACAAGUUUUUGUGUGAAAAAAGUUUCGUUUUUUGUUGUUUGCUGAAUAUUGGCAUUAUUUUUAGUACCUAUAUAAUUAUCAUACAAAUUAAGUUGUUAAUAAAUUUCUAUUUGUUUAAAUGUUAUAAGUAACAGCUAUACUCUAAUUAAAAUAUGAUAUAGUUGCAUGCAGUGCAGUUGCAACGUAGUAGUUGUUUAAUCGAAGUUAUUAACACAUGCAGCGACAACAAUAGCAAGAAAAUCAAGUGUAACGAAACAUUUUUUGGUGUAAAAGUGGAAAUAAAACUAUUUGCAUAGAAUAUUAUACAAACUAAACGAAAAACAAAAUGUCUGAAUCUUAUGAUUAUCUUUUCAAAUUCUUGAUUAUCGGUAGUGCGGGAAGUGGCAAAAGUUGCUUGCUACAUCAUUUCAUCGAGAAUAAGUUUAAAGAUGACAGUUCGCAUACGAUUGGUGUUGAAUUUGGCUCACGCAUUGUGAAUGUUGGUGGUAAAUCAGUGAAGCUGCAAAUAUGGGAUACAGCGGGUCAAGAACGUUUCCGUUCGGUGACACGUUCGUACUAUCGUGGUGCCGCCGGCGCACUACUAGUGUACGACACCACAUCGCGUGACUCCUUUAAUGCGCUCAGCAAUUGGUUAAACGAUGCGCGCACCUUGGCCAGUCCGAAUAUUGUUAUACUGCUGGUGGGCAAUAAAAAAGACUUGGAAGAUGAGCGCGAUGUUACAUUCUUAGAAGCAAGCACUUUUGCACAGGAGAAUGAAUUAAUAUUCCUUGAGACAAGCGCUAAAACGGGUGAAAAUGUCGAAGAGGCUUUUUUGAAAUGUUCAAAAACUAUUUUAGCAAAGAUCGAGAGUGGUGAAUUAGAUCCUGAACGUAUAGGCAGUGGCAUACAAUAUGGUGGCGCCGCGCUACGAAAUCUACAAACAAGACAGCGCAGCAUUAGUAAACCAGAUUGUGGUUGCCGUGUCUAAUUGGAUGUUCGUGAUCAACGUAAAAUUAUCUACAUAAUCUCAUAUUAAAACUUUAUUAUAUGUAGAACGUGUAAGAGUUGAAAACAAGUGUAAAACUUAAACGUAUAUAAUAAGUUAGCGGAAGGUGUAAGCAUUAUAUACAUUUGUAUUAUAUAUGCAUUGUAAGCUAAGCGAAAAGUAUGUAUAAUAACCGUUCAUUUGAAUGCUCACUGUUAUACUUUCGUUUAUGGUAAAUUUUUAUACUUUAACAAUUAAAACAACAAUCAUUCCGUGUUUGAGAAGUGCAUUGCUUGCCUAUUUUCAAAAUUUUUACAAAAACUCGAUUAAUUUGAUAUUAUAUAAUCGGAUUUAGAAAGACACUUAUUGAUUUCCCGAUUUACUCAGUUUUAUGCCAAUUAAAAAUUCGGAAUCUCACGACAGUUCUUUGUUUUAUAUAUUGGUUUGUUAUUAUAAUUUAUACACUAAUUGCACAUAUACAACUGUAUAAUGUUAAGAAAAUAGAAAAUUAAGUAAACUUUUUGUAAAUAAGAAAAAUUAUACAAAUUCUUCAUGAAUAAACGAAAUUGAAAUUAUGGCCAAACCUGGACAAAGUAAAA